GCGGCUGAGCCGUGGGCUCCCGAGAGCCCAGCUCUCCUUCGGCUUUUCCUGGAGAAUGGCUCAGAAGGAGAACGCCUACCCCUGGCCCUACAGCUCGCUGAAGUCUCAUUCGGGCCUGAACACCCUGCCCCAGAGAGUGCUGCGGAAGGAGCCUGCUGUGACAUCUACGCUUGCCCUCAUGAACCGGACCAGUGGCCAGUGCGCAGCCGCCCCUGGCCAGAAGCUGUCUGAAAAUGUCAGUCGGGGCCCCACUGCCUUGCGGACCCUCACUAUUGACGACUUUGAGAUUGGGCGUCCUCUGGGCAAAGGCAAAUUUGGAAAUGUGUAUUUGGCCCGGGAGAAGAAAAGCCAGUUCAUUGUGGCGCUCAAGAUCCUCUUCAAGUCUCAGAUUGAGAAGGAGGGAGUGGAGCACCAGCUGCGCCGAGAGAUCGAAAUCCAGGCGCAUCUGAAACAUCCCAACAUUCUUCAGCUCUACAACUACUUCUACGACCGGCGGAGGAUCUACUUGAUACUGGAAUAUGCCCCGCGUGGGGAGCUCUACAAGGAACUACAGAAGAACCGAACUUUCGACGAGCAGCGGACAGCCACGAUCAUGGAGGAGCUGUCAGAUGCCCUGAUGUACUGCCACAAGAAGAAGGUCAUUCACAGAGACAUAAAACCUGAGAAUCUGCUGUUAGGUCUCCAGGGGGAGCUGAAGAUUGCGGACUUCGGCUGGUCUGUGCAUGCCCCCUCCCUGAGGAGGAAGACCAUGUGUGGCACCCUGGACUAUCUGCCCCCAGAGAUGAUUGAGGGGCGUAUGCAUAACGAAAUGGUAGACCUAUGGUGCAUUGGGGUGCUCUGCUAUGAACUGCUGGUGGGAAACCCUCCCUUCGAGACUGCUAACCACAGUGAGACAUACCGUCGGAUUGUCAAGGUGGACCUGAAGUUCCCCCCGUCUGUGCCUGAGGGUGCCAAGGACCUCAUCUCUAAACUGCUCAAGCACAACCCUUCAGAGCGGCUGCCCCUGGCCCAGGUUGCAGCUCACCCUUGGGUCCGGGCCCAUUCUCAGAGGGUACUGUCUCCCUCUGCCCUUCAGCCUGGUUCUUGAUUUUUGUCUCUGUCCUUUGCUUGGUUUUCUUUGUAUAUUUGUGUAUAUGUUGGGGGAGGGGAGGGUUGUUCAUGACUAUGCACAACUCCCUUUCUAAGGAAUCUGACCCCCCUUCUGACCUCCACAGGCAAAACCAGGCUUACCUGGGGUGCACACACAUGUAGACAAAACAUAAAAUUAAAACAGUGCAGGAGGCUGGGCGGUGGUGGAGCACGCCUUUAAUCCCAGCACUUGGGAGGCAGAGGCAGGCGGAUCUCUGUGAG